CUACAAUGCACAUGAUGCUUGGACUGCUGUGCUUAAUCUUGGGUUUGAUCUUGAACACAACUCAGCUGUGCCAUGGUGGAGUGACCAGUGGCUAUGUGAGGAAGAGUCUAUCGGCUUCGCCCAAACCUGAAGAUGUUGAUAUGCCUUUGGAUAGUGAUGUGUUUAGGGUCCCCCUUGGUUCCAAUGCCCCCCAACAGGUUCAUAUAACACAAGGGGAUUAUGAAGGGAGGGGUGUGAUUAUCUCUUGGACCACACCACAAAAACCUGGCUCGAAUGCAGUGCUUUACUGGGCUGAGAAUAGCAACGCUAAGAGAAUCGCAGUUGGCGCUGUUGUAACCUACAAGUAUUACAACUACACCUCGGGUUAUAUUCAUCACUGCACCAUCAAGGAUUUAGAGCAUGAUACAAAAUACUAUUACAAAUUAGGGUCGGGGAAUGCAAACCGGGUGUUUUGGUUUGUUACUCCUCCCAAACCGGGGCCUGAUGUUCCAUAUACAUUUGGUUUGAUAGGGGAUAUUGGUCAGACUUAUGAUUCCAACACCACAUUGACACAUUAUGAACAGAACCCAGCAAAGGGACAGACAGUGUUGUUUGUUGGUGACCUCUCGUAUGCAGAUAGGUACCCGAAUCAUGACAACAACCGGUGGGAUACGUGGGGGAGGUUUUCAGAGCGAAGCGUUGCAUAUCAGCCUUGGAUUUGGACUGCAGGAAAUCACGAGAUUGAUUAUGCUCCUGAUAUUGGUGAAUAUCAACCUUUCGUACCUUUUACAAAUCGGUAUCCUACACCACAUGAAGCAUCAGAGAGCGGUGAUCCACUUUGGUAUGCCAUAAAACGAGCUUCUGCACAUAUCAUUGUUCUGUCUUCUUACUCAGGCUUCGCUAAAUACACUCCACAGUAUAAAUGGUUUACGAGUGAACUAAAAAAAGUUAACAGGAGCGAGACGCCUUGGCUCAUUGUGCUGGUGCACUCUCCAUUAUACAACAGCUACGAAGCUCACUACUUGGAAGGGGAAGGGAUGCGUGUGAUAUUUGAGCCCUAUUUUGUCCAGUACAAAGUGGAUGUCGUGUUUUCUGGACAUGUUCACUCCUACGAACGAUCUGAACGCAUAUCAAACGUUGCAUACAACAUUGUGAAUGCUCAGUGCACGCCUGUAAGCGACGAAUCAGCUCCUGUUUACAUUACCAUAGGCGACGGGGGAAACUCAGAAGGAUUAGCCACCGAGUAUGUUAAGAACUUAAGAUAUAUAUAUACAGCAAUAAUGUGUUUAUAGUGCAGAAACUG